AUGGCUCCAGCCAUUCAUCCCUGUCUGCUUCUGUGCCUGUGCCUGCUUUUUGUUGCUCCUCAUCUUAGCAGCUGUUACCACACCAGCAACACUUAUGGUGGAAGGCAUGUCCUUGUUCGUUCAUCUCACGACUCGAGGAUCCAGUCCACCUUCACGUCUAUCCCUUCUGGAGACGGCGGGCUACCUGUGAUGCAUCGGCUGAGCCCGUGGUCUCCUUCUGACGCUGGGGUCGGCGACGCCUUCUACCGUGACACCCUCCGUCUUCACGCGCUCUUUGGCGAUUCCACCGGUACCCCGCUCGUGGCAUUGCCGGGCGCGUUCGAGUACCACGUCAGCAUCGGCUACGGCACGCCGGCGCAGAAACUCACCAUGGGGUUCGACACGGCCACCGUGGGAGCCACGUUUCUCCGGUGCAAGCCAUGCGCUGCCGGCGAUCCAUGCCACAAAGCCUUCGACCCGUCCCGUUCGUCUUCCCUCGCGCAGAUCCCAUGUGGCUCGCAGGACUGCCCGUUCAAAGCAUGCUCCGGCCCAACCUGCAAUGUUGCCGUGACAAAGAAGGGCGCCGUCGUGCUGAACGCCACCUUCGUGACGGACACGCUCACGGCUGCGCCGGCCAUCCCCGUGAAUGACUUCAGGUUCGCCUGCCUGGAGAUGGGCGGCGCCAGAACGACUGGCAGUGACAGCUCGUCCGGAGUGCUCGACCUCAGCCGUGAGAGCCACUCUCUGGCUUCACGAGUCGUCUUGACUCCGGAAACGGUCACCUUCUCCUACUGCCUGCCAUGGGACCCCACCUCUAGGGGCUUCCUCUCCUUCGGCGCCGCCCGCCCGGAACGCGCCGGCCGCGGCGUGACCUACGCCACGCUACGGCACAACGCCGCCCGUCCGAGCAUGUACUUCGUCAAGCUCGUGGGCGUAACCGUCGGCCUGUCUGAGAUCCCUGUUCCCCCCGCGCCGGCGAUCGCCGGUGACGCGCUGGUCGAGGUGCACACGACCUUCACGUACCUGAAACCGGAGGUGUAUGCGGUUCUUCGCGACAUGUUCAGGCGGGGGAUGAGGCAGUAUGUGGUGGCACCGUCGUCGAGCGGGCUCGAGACAUGCUACGACUUCACCCACCUGAACACCAUCGAUAUGCCGAUGAUCUCGCUGAGGUUCGAAGGCGGGGCGACCCUGGAGCUCGGCAUCGAGCAGAUGAUGUACUUCAAGGAUCCCCGCAACAUCUUCUCCGUGGGGUGCCUCGCUUUCGCUCCGGUGCCGGCCUACGCACCAGUUGCUGCGGUUAUCGGGUCACUGGCGCAGUCACAGACGGAGGUGGUCUAUGAUGUGCUUCAAGGCAAGCUUGGGCUCGUCCCCGACCGCUGCUAG